AUGACGAGGCUAAAGGAGAGGAUGGGUGGUUUGGAGUCCAAUGUUUACGAGAUUCAAGGGACAUAUAUUCAGAUAGCCAAGGAUUUAGAGAUGUCUUUGAUGAUACAAAGGAGAUUGUUUGAGGCUCUCCUUCCUAGUGAGACUCUAUCGGUCAUUCCUCCACCAUCUUUCACAUCCAGAGCUACCACUUCAG